AUGUCAGGAGAUCCUAUGAGGCGCAACCAGAACCUUUAUUGCCACUAUCAUCAGGAUCAUGGACACAUAACUGAGGAUUGCAGAAACUUGUGGGACCAUUUGGACCAAUUAGUCCGAAAAGGGAAGUUGAAACAACUCUUGCAUCAUUCCAGUGGUCGGGGAAAUCAAGCGGGUUCAGAGCUUCGGGGAGAUGCUUCUUUGAGACUCCCCUUUGGCACAAUAAACGUUAUUUUUGCUGUCCUGGGGAGGACCGGAUCUUGUCCUUCCAGAGUAAUGUCAGUAUCCUGUUAUCCGGCCGAGGAGUCUAGUUCAAUGCCUAAGAGAGCUAAGAUGGGCAUCCCAUUAGUGUUAAGUUUUUCAGAUGAGGACAAAGUUGGAACCAUACAGCCCCAUGAUGAUGCUCUUAUGGUUACGUUGAGAAUUGGUGGAUACGAUGUGAAAAGGGUGAUGAUUGACCAAGGCAGUGCUGCUGACAUAAUGUACCCUGACUUGUAUAGGGGGCUAAAUUUGAAACCUGAAAACUUAACAGCCUACAGUUCUCCUUUAGUGAGUUUUGAGGGUAAAAUGGUUGUCCCAAAAGGUUAA